GUAGCUUUAAGACCGACAUCUGACGAAAAACAAGGAAAAGUCGAUGGAGGAAGCAGGAAGUUCAAGACGAGACACCGUAGCACGUAAAUAAUAACCAAAGAGUAGAGCGAAACUCCAAAGAGAAAAGUUUUACACGUUUGUCACCAUGGCAGGGAUUAAAGCACUGGUUGGUUUGUCAUUUAGCGGUGCUAUUGGACUGACAUUUCUCCUGCUGGGCUGUGCACUGGAACCGUACGGGGUUUACUGGCCGCUGUUUGUCCUGAUUUUCUACAUAUUGAGCCCCAUCCCCACCUUCAUAUCCAAACGCCUCAGUGAUGAAACUCAAUCCAGCAAUGCAUGCAGAGAGUUGGCCUACUUCUUAACAACUGGCAUUGUGGUAUCAGCCUUUGGGCUUCCUGUCGUCUUAGCCCGUGUCGGCCUGAUCGAGUGGGGUGCCUGUGGUCUGGUGAUGACGGGAAACGCUGUCAUCUUUCUCACCAUCCUUGGCUUUUUUGUUGUGUUUGGCGAUGGGGACGACUUCAGCUGGGAGCAAUGGUAGAGUACUUUUGGACAGACAGAUGGGUAGGUGGUUAGUUUGUUGAUCGGACAGCAGGCAGAGGGGCACAUAUUGUUCUACUCUCGCUGGGGGAUGGUUCUCAUGUAACUGAACCUAAACAUCAUCACUCCGAUUUUUAUACUGGGUGAAAUUGGGUUUAGGAGAUGGCACUACGUACCUUAUUAAUGUGCCUUAUGUGUGGAAUCAGAGGACUGAUGCCUACACAUCUCUUAUGCACCACCAUUAUCCAUCAUAUCCACUGUAAUUUAGCUUGUUUUGCCCUCAUUUAAACCCCCAGUGCAUCCUCUUCUCUGCAGCUAUCCUCUACAUUGUUAUGCCUCAGUUAAUCAAUAUCAUAAAGGGAUCUGAAAGAGUAACUCUGAUGUAAUGUACACUGCAGAGCUUACUGCAUUAUCUGUCCUCACUCUUCAAGGAAGCAGUGGCUGUACUGAAACUUAGCUUAUGUGUAAAAAAUAAAAUAAAUCAUGGUAAGUUGCCUUAAAUCUGCCUUUUCACAAUUCAGAUACAGGAAAAGGCAAAAAAAAUGUGCAUAUGCUUCGUUUUAUCAUUUUUUUCCUCAAAACUUAAGAUGCCUUUCUUUUUGUUUCUGGUGCAAUUUUUUACAUUUUCACCAAAGAUCAUUUUAGGCUGUGAUUACGGAGCUUAUUCACUGCUGAACUGUAGUUUUUUGAUGUGCUAUGCAUCCUCAAAAGUGCAUACAUGAGCUGAUUUUCUGAUUGCCAUUCAUGACAAAGAAAUUUUGAACUGUUACCACAGAUCAUAUAAAUCCUGUUGCUACGAGUCCAACUCUGUCCAAGUGGACUUCAUCUCUUGCUAACUCAUUCAUAAAUGCCUGCCCAACAUAAUACAUGUUUUAUUAGCAGAAAAAUCUUUUGUCUUAUUAUCAGGGCCAUUGAAAUCUAUAACUGUAAGUUAACACUUCAGCCUCUUGCUUUGGUUUUUCAUUGCUGUAACCGACUAAUAACAAGGUCCUGUGGUUUGUUUUUGUCUCAAGACUUUUAUAGAAAAGAGUACUUACUAUCAUAUAAUUUAGGAUUUCUUUUACACCUGCCCCAUGUCCUCAUUAAAUUGAAAAGAAUAUCUUACAUAUGCAACUGACAUUUGGACAUGUUUUUGAGGAAGAAUGUCUGUUUUCUCUGUUGUGACUCCUGUAUACACACUAAAGAGGCCUUAAGAGUUCUCGAGUUAUUUUAUAAGCUGACUGCAUUUUGUUUUCUAAUAUUGAUUAAAUCUUUCUAUGUAGCAAACCAA